AUGGAGAUUCAGAUCUCAUACUCUGUCGUCUUCACUUUCUUCUUCUGCUUCUUCCUUGUAAUCCUGAAGCUAUCUUCUUUUAAACCCAGCAAAAACCUACCCAUAGGGCCAUGGAAAUUACCUCUCAUCGGAAACCUCCACCAACUUGCUGGCCCACUACCUCAUCAUUCUCUCAGAAAUCUUGCAAACAAGUAUGGACCGUUCUUCCAUCUUCAACUUGGGCAGCUUUCUUAUAUCAUAGUGUCUUCACCUGAAUAUGCAAAGGAAAUAAUGAAGACACAUGAUCAGAUCUUUGCAAAUAGACCCAAAUAUCUUGCCUCUGAUAUCCUUGGCUACAACAGCACAGACAUCUUCUUUUCCCCAUAUGGAAACUAUUGGAGGCAACUUCGAAAGAUUUGUAUUUUGGAGCUUUUCUCAUCAAAGAGGGUUCAAUCAUUCAGAAGGAUAAGGGAAGAGGAGAUAUCAGCACUAGUGAGGAACAUUUCUGAACAUGAAGGUUCUGUCAUGAACCUCAGUCCAAAAAUUUCUGCACUGACAAAUUCUAUAGUGGCAAGAGCGGCCCUUGGGAAGAAGACAAAGAAUGUAGAACACAUCCUGGAAAUCGUAGAUCGAGUGAUAAAUAUAAGCUCUGGGUUAUCAAUUUCUGAUUUCUAUCCUUCACUAAAAUUUAUUAGUUUCAUCACGGGGAUGAGAGCUCGAACUAUGAAGGUGCACAAAGACUUUGAUAGAGUGCUAGGAGCCAUCAUCAAAGACCAUCAAGAAAAGAAAGGUGAUAACGUUGGAGAGAUAGAAGAGGAUCUAGUUGACGUUCUUCUCAGGAUUCAAAAGGAUGAUGGUAUUGAGAUUCCCUUAUCUCUUGACAACGUCAAAGCUGUCCUUCAGUUGUGA